AUGGGAUUCAUAGCCCUACCCCUGGGCAGAAAGCUGGGGGUGAGGGACAAGGUGAGAUUGAACGCUCCACCCAAUCCUGUGCUGGAAACCUUCUACACUACUCACAGCAAGAAGCCAAAGGAGGGGGAGCUGAUCUGCUUAUCCAAGCAGUGUGACUUGCCCGCCAGAAAGGUGGAGACGUGGUUCCGAUACCGGCGGAACCAGGACAAACCCAGCCUGACUACAAAAUUCUGUUCAGUGAGUUGGAGUUCUUUGUGUUACCUCAUUUCCUUCUGCACUGGACUUGUGGUCUUGUACGAUAAGCCCUGGUUUUGGGACCCAAGAGAAUGCUGGGUGGGGUAUCCACAGCAGCCACUACAGCGCUCUGUGUACUGGUACUACAUGAUGGAAUUCUCCUUUGCCUUGUUACUGACUUUCACCAUGGCCUUUGAUGUGAGAAGAAAGGACUUUAAGGAACAAAUGGUGCACCACACAGCUACCAUCAUCCUUAUCAGUUACUCAUACUGUGCCAAUUACCUCCGGAUUGGGUCUUUGGUGAUGUUGCUCCAUGUUUCUUCCACUUUUCUCCUAGAGCUAACCAAGCUGCUUCAUUACUUGAACUGGAGACGCGCAAGCCACCUUCUCUUCUUAAUUUUCUCAUCCAUUUUCCUUGUUACUCGGCUCAUCGUUUUCCCAUGCAGGGUGCUGUAUACUUCAUUCUAUGGUUCCAUGGAGUUCUACCAGCCCUACUUCGGAUACUAUUUAAUGAAUGCUCUCCUGAUGGUUCUGCAGCUGCUGCACGUCUUCUGGGCCAGCCUAAUCAUUCACAUGCUCUACAAAUUCGUCAAUGGCACGAUGAAAAAUGAUGCAAGAAGUGACACAGAAGAAAGUGAUGAGAGUGAAGAGGUGCAAUAACAAACAAAAAAAGAGAAGAAUGGGACCCUGUAUUUCGGCAAUGUCACAAACAAUUACAGCCAAAGUAACGGCUACCGCUCUGAAACCAGCCAAAGUGACGUGGCCCAACAACUAACUGGCAGAGCCCAUCUCACUAAUGGGUGUGCUGAUGGCUCCAGAACUGCUGACUGCCCCCGUCCACAACAAAGCAGCCCAGUGGCCUUAGGAACUGUCAUGCUCACUGUGUAGACCUGUGGGGAUUAGGGUGACCAGCUGUCCCGAUUUUAUAGGGACA